AUGCAAUAUGACUACGUCAUAAAUCCUAAAUGGUGGCAUGAAAUAUUACUUGACAAUAAAAUAGAGAUAUCUAGUUGUAUCUAUAUCAACGAUAAUGUUGUUCAGGUUACAUAUAAAUACAAAGAAAUAUUUGUAGAAGAUUCUACGUCUACAAAUACAUAUGUAGCGAUAUUUACAACGGCUAAUGCUCGGUUAAGGCUGUAUGAAAUGCUUGAUAAAUUAGGGGAAGCUGUUGCGGACUUAAUUGUUUAUAUUGAUGGCGUAAAUACUGUUGAAACCGGUGAAAUUUUGGGUGAAUCGUCCGAUGAGAUCGGUGAGGAUGACCAUAUAGUUGAAAGGUUAUCUACAGGCCCGAAAAGCUAUUAUUAUAAAACGUUAAAGGGUAAAAAAGUUACAAAGAUAAAAGGUUCUACGUUGAAUUAUGAGAACUCUGAGGUGUUGAAUAAUAGGGGUAUGUUAGAGGCUAUUAACAACCCUCGUACUGAAAUUAAAUUAGUCUAUGAUCAAAUAACCAGAAAUAGCAGCGCCAAAGAUAUUGUGACUAGGAAGCGUGUAUCUAAAACUUUUCGUAUGGAUUAUAAAAAAGGCGUACUCUUGACACUGUUCUUAAUACAGUUCUUUGGGGUUUUUAAUGAGUAUUUGUUUUAUUUAGUCAACAAUGUGAAAUAA